CGCUAAAUUUAAAAACCAUAAACAAAACAACUUUUAAAAGGAACACGAAACGACGUUGAUAGGGAAAGAAUCACGAGAGGCUCAAAAAUAUUACUUAGUCUAAAGUCAGUCAUCUUAUAAACAUGCCAACUGACACCAAGCGUAUUACUGGGCCAGAGUCUUCUCAGAGCCCAUAUGAUUACUGUCCUGCUCCCUCAUUAGAUUUGAAAAAUCUGAAGGGCAAGCGUCAUGAUGAAAGAUCAAACAGUCAGUUACGCCCCUUGUUUUUGCGAGCAGGCGUAGUAAGCCAUGCCAGAGGGUCUGGGUACAUUGAGAUGGAUCAAACUAAAGUUAUAUGUGCUGUAUAUGGUCCCAGAGAGGUUCUUCGAAGAGAAGAUUUCAGUUUGAAAGGCCAGUUGACAUGUGACUUCAAAUUCACAACAUUUUCCUGCCGCAAGCGUAGACAACAUCAACAAGAUAACCAGGAGAAGGAUUUGUCAUUGCAGAUACUGGAGGCCCUGGAGCCAGCUCUUUGUCUGCACAAAUACCCUAAGUCGCAAAUUAACAUUUAUAUAACAGUUCUACAAAAUGAUGGAUGUGCACUGUCAGCCUCUGUAAUUUGUGCCUCACUAGCUCUGGCCUCAGCUGGUAUAGAGAUGUAUGAUUUAGUCCUUGCUUCAUCUCUGGGUGUGUACGGAUCAUUAACAUUGGUAGACCCAACAUCAUUGGAAGAAGAAACUAUUCUUACUAAAGCUGAAAAAAGUGAAAACAAUGCUGGAAUUGUUACAGUGGCUUUUCUCCCAUCUAUAAGUCAGGUGUCUGCAAUAACUAGUGAUGGAGAACUUCAGUUUGAUGCUGUCAGCAAGUGCAUGCAUGCUUGUGUUGAGAAUUGCCAGAAACUGUACCCAGUCCUACAGAAGGCUUUAUUUGAUCAUGUUAAAGAAAAGAAAGAAUCAACUCACUCCUGAGUUUUCCUUCCCGUUUAUGUAAAUAAAUGAAUGCAUUUUAUUG